UUCCUGCUGGAGCUUGCGCCGCUUCAACUCCCACAAUUUACUCAAAAAUCAGAGAGCUUUCCCAGCUCUUCCUCUCUCACGGAAAAUGAGCGAGAGAGAGGAAAAUUGCCCAUCGGAGGGACUUCCAUCUCGCCUAAAUCUGGGAUUGUCAGUUGCACCGGUUCCGUCAUCUCGUUUGGAUUCAUUUGUGCGCAUAUACUGGAGCUUUUCAUCAUCACAAGUCGUUUGAAUUUGGAAGAAAAAAAAUUAUCGCUUUUCCCGCGGACUGCUAUCCACAUGGGGUUUAUCACGAAGUGCUUCAGUGAAUUCGUAGUGAUUGUGUGAAGUACAAAAAAAGAAGAAUAUAAAAAAAAAAGUUCUAUUGCUGUGUGUUGUGGAUUAAAGUGAAACAGAAGUGAGCUUAUUGAGGGGGUUGAUCGCAUUUUCCGCACGACAUAUGCCCAAGUGGAUGUUGCAUUGUUUAGCGGCUUGGGGGGUAGUGUGAGUGUGGGAAAGAAAUUCGUGGAAAGCUCCCACGUAUAGGAGGGACGGCAGAAAGACAAGAAGAAAAACCCCAGGAGCAAAAUAAACUUCCCUUGGAAGUCUCAAUCAGACUGCAAAGUUCUUUUUUCACGCACAAGUGAAUCACCCCCGAGUUGUGAGCUUUUUUUUCUUCUGUGCUAUCUUCCUGGCUUCGUGGAAAAACUUUCCUCCACCUCCUCCUUGGUAUUUGUGUGUGUCCAACAUCUUUGCAACUUCUCCGACGCGGUGUGCUUUCUCUCCGAGUCCCUGUGCGUCUUCCGUUGUCUACUUCCGCACACACACCCCCUGGGCACCCUUUGCGCCGCGCUCAGACAUUCACCCCAUAGAGGAGGAAAAGGACAUCGGACAAGGGAAGAGGACAUAAAAAUGCAAUCUCCAUUGAAAUGGAUUUUCUCCGUCGUCCUCUGCAUCUUUUCCACCCAUCACACCAUCCCCGUUAAUUGUGCCCCGGCUGAGUAUGAUCUGGACAUUGAGCAGGCGGAGGCACGUUAUGACCCCAGGCUACUGUCCCAGGAGCUUCUGGGGUCUCACUCACCACCCAGGCAGGGAGCUGAGGAGUGUGUGAGCUCGGACAGGAGAUACGAACACGGGGAGAAGAUUUCAAGACAAGACCCAUGCGAGGUUUGCAUCUGUGUGGACGGAGAAAUAUUCUGCUGGUGGAAGCAAUGCCCCACGGAAACGACAACGACGGAAAAUACGACGAGUCGACUGCCACAGACAAAAAAACCCCGAAAGAAUCCUAAGUUCCCGCCCAAAAAGGCAACAAAUUACCCCAAAAAGAAAAUUCUCUCCUUCCCACAGAAUCUUCCUGUCCACCUAUCUGAGUUGGAUCUUCUCAAUGAGUCCGAUGGCACAAAUAUCACCCAAACAACGCCUUGGAGAUCAUCCACAACACCUCUACCACCAACAACAACCCCCUUCAUGGUGGUUACGCAGAGCUCCACGGAUAGCUCCAUCAGCACCACACAGUCCGGGAGUAUAAAUCAUGCACGGGAUCCAACGGAAGCAUCAGUAGAUCCAGCACCACGUGGGAAUGUCUACUUCGAGAAGACAAUCGUAAAUCGCAAUGGGGUAUUCAUUGAGAAUAUCCGAAAGAUCACAGAUGUUGUCAAUAGAACCCUUGCCCCGGAACCCGUAGAACCCGAUGAGGAGGAACACAAUCAAGCUAGAAAAAUUUCCCUCGAAGACGAUGCUCUGGCUAAGCACUACAUAAUCACAUCAUCAGGACGCAUAGAAAACAACCCAGAUAGUGUUCUAGCUAGUGAGAGUGUUGUUGCGCAAUUCAGAAAUAACUUUGGUGGUCAGAAUUUAUCAACGACAACAGUUGAACCAUUGAGAUCAUCAACAGGAGCUCCUGUAGUGGACUGGGAGGCAACAACAGUGACGGAAACUACAGUUGAAUCAACCACGCACAAUACAGCAACAUCAACAGUAUCCACAGUUGACUACACGACGACACAACCAACAACGCAGACAUCAACAGAAGCACCUGCAUCGCGAAAAUGCAUCGUAAUGGGACAAUCGUAUGAAGUGGGUACGGUACUGCCACAGGAAACAGGAAAUUGUCUGCAAUGUGUCUGUAUUGCCGGAGCUACAAGUGAGGACGCACCGAGGGUUACGUGCAGCCCUCACAAUUGUCCGCCUCUUAUUCUUCCCGAUCUCUUCGAUACAACGGGCUACUGAAGACCCCCAAUGCGAAUUUCCCAUCCGCACUAAAAUUCGAGUAAAAAGGUCUCUCGCGGACUCAUUGGGUUACUUCUCAAAUCAACUGCAACGACGGUUGCAAAUUUUAAGCAAAACGUUGCAAUGCAAGAAGAAAAAACAAGAAAAGCAAGAAAAUUUUUAAAAUAUUUUCUCCUACUUAAUUAAACUAAACUAUCUUAUCUUAAUUCUAAAUUCAAUCUUGAAAUUUUUAUUUCCUGAAUUUUAUAAUUUUCUUACUCCAAUUUCGAUAUUUCCGUUCAAACUAAAAGUUAGCUGUGUUUCUUUCAGACACAGCUUUUGUGUACCGAGCAAAAUCGAAAGUCGUCAGAUCGGGCUCAAACUUGGGAUGAGCACGAAUUAGGGUCCCCACAUUCCAAAAAACGUAUGCGCCAAAAUUUUUUUUUCCGGCCGGCCGUCCGGCCGUCCGUCCGUCCGGCCGUCCGGCCGGAUCAUAAACUUAAAUUGCAAGAGAACGGUGAUAGAUAGAGACUUGCGGUAAACGGCAAAGUUUAAAUAUCGACCUGAAGAAAUCCGAUUAUGAUGUCAAAUUUUACCCCCCACCCCUCCGUCCGCCAUUUUGAAUAACCUCAAAAUAUUGUUUUCGCUAUAUCUCAGCCGCUAUUAUAGCUAGAGGGCUGAAAUUUUGAUAUGUUGUAGGGGCCAUCAAGAGCUUUCCAACGAUAUCUCAUUUUCGAAAAUCGGUCAAGCCGUUUAGUCAAUAUGGCUGCCACAAUUUUUCAUCGAAAAUCGACCAUAACUCGAAAACGACUUGACCGAUUUUGAUCAACCCGGGGUCAAAUGAAAGAUCUCAACAAACCCUACAACUCUCUAGAACAUCCGAAGUUUCAAAAGUGACCGCUAGAGGGCCAAAAAUUGAAAACAAAAUUUUCGAUUAGUUUUCGAUGAAUAUAUCGAAAACGCCAUUAUCGAUUUGCUUCAUUUUUUGAUAUGUUAUAGCUGACCAUAUUAUCUAGCUCCAUGCCAAAAAUGAAGAAAAUCUAUGUCUCCGUUCUCGAGAUAUAGCCUUCCAAAGUUGGCAUGUCAUAUCUCGGGUUCUACAAGUCCGAUUUUGAUCAACUCAAGUGCAAAUGAAAGGUUUCGUGAAGCCCUACAAAUGUCUAGAACAUUGCAAGUUCGAGAAAUGACCGCGAGAGGCGCUAAAGUCAAAAUCAAAAUUUUCGAAAAUUUCGAACUCGAAUAUUUCGAAAAUGCCAUUAUCGAUUUACUUCGUAUUUUUAUAUAUUAUAGUUGAGGUUAAGACCUUUCCAACGAUAGCUCAAACUCGAAAAUCUAUGGAGCCAUUCCCGAGAUAUGGCAUUUUAAAGAUUUCUUGGGGGAUGACUUUUCAACUUUUCCCGAUUUUGCAUGUAUUUAAACAAAUUCGCGAUCUAGUUUGCUCUCACAAAAUUGGUACACUGAAAGAAACACAGCUCUCGUAAGCUUGGUCAGCUUACCCGUACAUUUUUAUAUUUACUUAAAGUCAGAGGUUGUAUUUUGAUAUUACCUCACUAAAUUAGCAAAGUUUUAAGUAUUGAAAAAAGAAAUCCAACAUAUAAACAAGAUAAAACAUAAAAACUUUCUCGACAUUUCCUCUAAAGUUUUUUAAUUGGCAUUUGAAUGUUCUUUCAAACAUUUUCAUUUAAGAUUUUUUUUAAAAUAAAACUACAUAUUAUAUAGAAAAGUUCUUCCGACAAAUUGGAGGGUUUCACUUUUUUUUAAAGAAAGUUUCUCGUUUUUUUAUUUAAAAGUAAUGAAGAAAUAAAUAAGGAAAAGAUGAACAAUUUGUUGCAAAAUCAUUGCUUAUUUCUCCUUUCUUUUCAUAGCAAAUUACCUUCUUCACCUGACCUUUUGAAGAUCAACAUUGUUAUGCAUGAAAAGAAAAAUAUUUCGCGGACCAUCUCUUUAGCAAACAUCAAAUUUUCUCUUCCUUUUUUUCUUUCCCUUCUGUCCUUUUGUCGGCUUUUCGUGACGAGAAAGCGAAAGAUGCGAAAAUAUUGUUGAAUAAAUUCAAUUACUCGCCCUGAGGGAAUUUUUGCAGAAAAGAGGAAUGUAAAAAAGGAACUUGAAAGAGGAUUUCAAAGUUUGCAUUCUGCACAUUUUUGUGUCAUUUGUAUUGAUAAAACUUUCUGCAUUUUUUUUAAUAUAGUUUAAUUAAUUUUUCAAUGUUCCGCCUCAUAAAUUUGUAGUGCAAACAUCAAUAGCUUUCGAAUGUUUUAUUUUAAUCCCAUAUAUGUAUGUUUAUACAUUAAUUCACAAACUACAUUUAGUCAGAGAGUCUUUGUUAUUACCUCAAACCCAACAGUUGAACCACUAUCAGAAUAAAACCAUCCAUAACUACAUAUUUAUUUUGAAUAAUAAAUAAUCAAAUAUAUUGAGAUUUUUCUAUGGUUCAUCAUGCAAAUUUGAAUGAUUUAAUGUGACGAUGAAUUCACAUAGAGACACCAUAUAGAGACCUCAAAACUUGAAUUGUAAUUUAUAUUCAACAUUGUAGUUGAUUUUUAUUUGAACUUUAAUUAAAUAUUAAUUUUGUACCUGCAAAUAUAUAUAUUUAAUUUUAUCACUUUCAAUGUAAAUGAAUUUCGUGGUAAAUUAAAUGCCAAUAUUUUUUUAUAUUAUGUCUCUUUAUUUACCUUUAGAUAGGAAUUUAUUUAAAAUGAAAUUGCUUUUGGAAUUGUUUUCUAUAUUUUAUUUUCAUUAAAUAAUUCAUGGUGGGAACAAUUUGAACAAAAUUACACUGAAAAAAAAACUUUUCAAAGUUAUGGGAACAAACAAAUAAAAAAGUGGAGUGGAAAAAAAUCAAUAUGAGAUUUGAACUUAUGUUUGGAGCAUUGAGAAGCGAAUGCGUUAACCAUUCUGCUACGUUUAAAAGAAGAAAUAGCAUGAGGGGCUUAAAAGUUAUAAAAAAAAAAUCAUACAAGAUUUUAAGUAAACGUCAAAAUAUCACAUUCACAGAACAAAUUGGUAUGAGAGAAUUAAAUAAUAUAAAAAUAAACGAAAAUUAAUAUUUCAAAAAUUGUUAACAAAUUAAUCUGAAAAGUUGGCUUUAUGUUGAGAGAUUUCAAAACAAUUUUUUUAAUUAAAAAAAAAACAGCAGAAUAAAUGCUUUUUAUAGAGACUUCAAUAUGCGAGGAAUUACACAUUAAUUUCAUUAUCUGAAAAUCAAAUUAUCCUACCCAUUGAAUACGGCAACACAGGACUUUUAAGCGCAAUAUUUUGCAGUGAAUUAAUUUUUACUGCCACAGACAUGGAAUUAAAGCGGAAGCUCUGACGAAUGAGAUUAAAGCCAAUUUAACUCCAUUUUUUUAUGCAUUUUGUUGAUAAAAAAACAGCAGCAGUUUUAUUUUAAUUGAUGCAGGAUGCAUUCGAGAGGAAAAAAAUCUGUUUUAAUAAUAUAUUUUGUGUAUUAAUUAAAUGCUAAUUGGGAUAAUAUGUUGCUUUCAUUGCAUCCUUUUGGCUCAUUUCAUUUUUUUUAAAUAAAAAUGUUAGUCUGUUGGAAAUUGUUUAAUUUUAUAAUUAAAAGAGAAAAGUUCGAGAGAAUAAAAAAAAAUAAUUUCUUCAUUUUCUUGAAUUUCCAAAAAAAUAAAUUGUAAAAGAAUAAAAUCUGCGGAUGGGAAGACUUAAAGAAAAAUCAAGUUUGAAAAAAAAAAAUUAAAAAGGAAAUUCGCUGAAAAUCAAGAUGAGAACCCCGUGGUGGUUAAAAGAAAAUCAAAAGAUGGGCGAGAUUUUUAUCUCCAUAAGAGCAUGGAUAAAAGAGUUUCACAGCUGUGUAAUUAAGGCAAAAGAAGAAAAUCCCUCAAAAACAAAGAAAAAAAAUUUAUCUCUAUAUAUUCCCUUUUCAUUGCAAAAAAAAAAAAGAAAAGUUUCUUACAAAAUAGACGAAAAGAUGUUAGAAAAUAGCUGACCACAUAUACACAAAAAAGAAAAUUCUCGCUAUAUUUAAAAAAGAAGAAAAAAAUAAAACUUUUUCGAAGAAUAAAUCAAUGUAUCUAACCAAAUUAGAAAGAUUUAGAAAUUGAUAUACAACCUUACUAUAUUUUUAACUAAUAGUACAUAAUCCCCAAAAGAAAAAAAAUGAUGAAAAAAAGGAGCUGAAAACUAAUUAAUCAUUUUAGAAACGUAUAAUAAAAAAAAGUAUUUAUUAGCGGAGAUUGAUGAAGAUAAUCUUGUAUUUAAGGUAGAAUUUAUAAAUGUGAUUAAUGAAAAAAAAAAUAGAAAAAUAGCGAAAAUAUCGUAAGAAAACAUUUCAAAAGAAAAAAAAUGAGAAACUAUCGGUGACUGUGGAUUUAUUUAGUGGACUUUUAUUGAACUUUCUAUAACCCCGCAAAAAAGCAUGGGACCCCCCACAUAUCGACGGAAUUCUAUUCCUUCUCCCUCGCUCCGCCCCCACCCUCGACAAAACCUCCUGUUUCUCUAUCAACCCCUUUCUUAUAGCCAAUUCCCCCCAUCCAAGGGGGAUGGAAAAUUGAUUACAAUGCAUAUUCAAACCUGUUAGGUAGAUAAUUUUGAAUAUUUGACCAAGAAAAAAUGAGCAGAUAAAGUGAAAAAAAAAUAUUAUAUUGUUGCAUUUAAAGUGAUGGAAAAUGAAAAAAAAAACUUUUUGAGAUGAAAAUAUAUAAAGUGAAAGUGUAUUACUCAA